AUGGCGUCUAACUAUCGUUAUACUAGUUCGGACAACUCGAGCGGUGGUGCACCACUGCGCGGCGCUUCCGACUCGGCUCCUGUGCACGACAGCACCAAGACUGAGUCUCUCACUGAUGAAGAGGCCAAGCUUGCUCAAGCCUCCAGCAAGUUCCCCAGCUUCAACGAUCCGUUUACUGCACAGCCCAAUUACCCCCAGUCGGUACCCCCUACGCAUCGACUCGGACGAGGAACUCCUUACUCCCAGUACAACUCCCAGUACACGGGCUAUGCGCAGCGCAUCCCCCCUUCUCCCGCGCCUUCCGCUCCUUUCGGUAUGCAGAACAACGCCAGCUCGGCCGUCGCUAGACUUCGUCAAUCAGUCUCCACCGAUUCGUCCCGAUCUGGGUACAAUGGUCACGUCACCUCCUACGACGCUGAUCCAUGCCAGGCUAUGAGCAACUCUGUCCGCCGACGACUCAUGACGGCUACCCAGUAUAUCAAGGUUUCUCCUGGUGUUGCCAAUGAGGUCGCCGAGACCCAUACCCAAAUGCUUGAAGAGACCACGCAGGUCUUUACCCAGCUUGUGGUCGCCCUGAGAGACGAGCGCGACCAAGCGCAGAGAUCCAAGGAGGAAGAGGUGGAGCGAUUCAAGCGCGCACUCUUUGACGAAGGUCAAUCCAAGUCCCAGCGCGACAAGGCGCUACAAGAUGUCAAGGCUGCAAACGAGCGCAUCAAGUCCCUUGAACAACAAGUUGAGGAGAUGCAGGCUCAGCUCGACGUGCUCGAAAUUCAACUCAAGACGGUGAACGAAAGCGCAAAGCGCUUCCAAGAUCACCAUUCCAAGAUCACCAAGGAGUACAAGAGCCAAGAUGAGCAGCACUUCAAGCAGAUUAAUGUUCUGGAGAACGAGAUCAAGGUUCUUCGCGAAAAGAACCGCGAGCUUUCUGCUUCUGCUGGCGUGCCCGAGUUCGACGGAUCCGUUACAGGCGCCGAGUUCCCCUCCCCCACCAUUCCCGAGUCAUGUACUCAGGACCAGGAGCCCCCGAAGGACCAGGAGCCGCCGAAAGACAAGUCUAGACUCAACGAGAGAGACGCUGCGAUGCUUCUUGAAGGCCUGCAGCAGACGGCGCGACAGGCAAAAGACGGUUUCAAGCCGAACCCUCAAGCUCCAGCUUGGGCGCCGCCGCAGACUGACGAGAGCCCGGCAACUGUGACGCCGACUGCCAAAGGCAACCGUACUUUCGGUCUCGCACGCAAGGCUAAGUUUGACAGCGCCACUGUGGCCAAGAACAGAUCGAGGGCCGCCAGCUAUGCGCUCAAGAAGUACGAGAGCGAGACGGAGCACGCAAGCCCCCGCCCUGGCACUGAAGAAGAGGCAUUCCCCUACAAGACCACUAUGUCGAAGUCACUCGUACCAGCGGGCUUCACAGGAGGCAUGCCGGGAGGUUACCCGACGGAUUCGCCUCCCACCCGCGGCUUUGUGCCUAAGAUGAGCUACACCGCCUACGACCCCAACGACAUGGUAGAGUACAGUGCCAUCAAGCAGGGUCCCGGCCCCAAGGGCACGAUCAACCGUCAGAAGGCGCGGUGGGACGAAUCGGAUGUUCAGGAUGCUAUAACGCACCUCUACGAGCUGUGCAAGGGAUACAUCGCCAGCUGCCACAAGCAGGGCCCUUCCAGAACGCCGUACCACCUGUUGCAGCAGAACGAGCACAACACGUGGAUGUACCUCAUCGGCCUGGCCUACAGGGACCCGCAGCACGCCUCUUCCCAUGUCCAGUAUCUCUUGAGCACUGAGGCUUUCGUCCCCUACCUGAUUCAUCGCAUGUGCGUCGAUUAUUUAUUCCAGAAGCUGAUUUCGCCCAGCGCGUAUCUGGGAUUCUCGUCUGAGAUGGACGCCCAUCUCGGUGCUAUGCAGGAUCAGAUCGCUUCUUUCUCUGAUGGCAAUCAGCGCAUCGCCAGCCGUUCCCGCCAGCGUGUCAUCGAGGAACACGCCCGCCUGAUCAACGCCAUCGCGGCAUCUCCCGAGUUUACCUCCUUCCGUGCGACGACCAUCGAACGCCAUGCUAACAUGCUGUGCCGCUUCCUGGAACCUCUGCGCUCAACGUCGGUGUCUAGCGAGCAGGCUCUGAAGUCUGUCAAGAUCAUGGUCGCGGCCACCUUGGACAUCAGCGUCAAGAUCUGGACCAGCGGAACGACCCUACACUUCAAAUUCCCAGAGUGCGGCAGCAAGUUCGCCUUCGGCACCAUGGACGCCCUCAACGGCCAGCAGUUUGCCCAGACCCCUGGCGACUUGCAGUACUCUCAGUGCCGCGUCUCUCUGGUCGCCACUCCGCAGUUGACUCUUCGAGAUGACCGUGACGGUACGCACCUGAAGUGCUUCGGCAUUCAGAAGGCGCAGGUCUUGGUUAUGAAAUAG